AUGGUCAGCACGGGCAACCGGGACCAGCUAGAGCUGCCUCUCUCCCUGGCUGAGUUCUCGGAAGCCCUCCGUCUCAUGCCCACCAAUAAAUCCCCGGGCAUGGACACGCUGACCGUGGAGUUCUACCGCGUGUUCUGGGACGUCCUCGGCCCGGACCUUGCUAGCGUCUGGGCCAAGUCCUUGAAGAGCGGGGUCCUCCCUUUAUCGUGCAGGCAAGCCGUGCUCGCCUUGCUGCUCAAGAAGGGGGACCUCCGCGAUCUGAGGAAUUGGUGUCCCAUCUCGCUCCUCAGCACAGACUAUAAAAUUGUCGCCAAAGCCAUCCCCCUAAGGCUGAAGUCUGUGCUGGCGGACGUGGUCCAUCCAGAUGAGACCUACACCAUCCCAGGCCGAACCAUCUUCAACAACCUUUUUCUGAUCCGGGAUCUCUUGGGUUCCACAGGCAGCCACUUCUCUAUGUUGGGGAUUGGAGAUAUUGUGAUGCCAGGUCUUCUGCUCUGCUUUGUCCUACGUUAUGAUAACUACAAAAAACAAGCCAAUAGUGAUUCCUGUGGUACUCCAGGACCUGGGAACAUCUCUGGACGUAUGCAGAAGGUCUCCUAUUUUCACUGCACACUCAUUGGAUACUUUGUAGGUCUAUUAACUGCAACAGUGGCUUCUCGAAUUCACCGGGCUGCACAGCCUGCCCUGCUAUAUUUGGUACCAUUCACUUUAUUGCCACUCCUCACCAUGGCUUAUUUAAAGGGUGAUCUACGUCGCAUGUGGUCUGAACCUUUCCACUCAAAGUCCAGCAGCUCCCGUUUCCUGGAAGUAUGAUGGAAUACAUGGAAAGUGACUGGAACUUCUGCCUUGGUCCUUUUCUCUUAACUUGUGGUUUUGUCUCCUAAAGCUGGACUGGUAUUCGGAAAGGUACCAGUUUAUGGAACUUGUAUGAAUGGACUUUGUACUAAAAAGAGAAAAAACAAAGGUUGUGGAGAUCCAUUUGAUUCCCUUUUUCCCUGCAGAUGUGGAAUUGGGACACUUUUUGUGCAACUGCAGCCACCUUUGUCUUCUCCGCUCCCUCUUUUAUAAAUUAGUACCAGACUGUUACUUUUGUGUGAGGAGACAAACUUUAAACUGAAAACAUCAUGAAGCCGUUCAGAAACUUGUGAACACUAAAAGGAAAAACAAUUAAGCAAAUUGGAGUUUCAUCAGAGAGCCCCCAAGUACUUUGGGACCAGUUUCCUGUCGGUCUUCAGUUUUGGAGAGUACUGAGACAAACUCUGUCACUAUAUAUUUUUUUGAUGUAUUAAAUAUUUCCUGUGGUGUGAGGUGACUUAUUAAAUCCACAGACAUUGAGUGAUUUAUUGCAGUAUACAUAUACGAAUUUGUUGUAGCAAGUUAAUUUCCACCCAGAUGUCAUGUUGCAGUGAACAAGGGCACAAUUUUUAUACAUGCGUAUAGAUAUAGAUAUAUAAUAUAUGAAUAAAUAAAAAAGAAAACCUGCUAAGAUCAUGCUAUAUAGCAGUCAGGGGCUUGCUGUAGUUUUUAGCAUGUGGAGCAAUUUACUAUGGCUUUCUUGUAUAUGACUCUAUGGUAAGCUGCUGUCUUUUUUUUUUUUCCCCCUCCACAGCUGAACCCACAGUUAAAAACCAGUGUAGUAUUUGUACUGAUUGUACUCAUGUACUUAAGGGGAAUAUUUGAUUUUUUGAUCAAUGUAGCAAACUAGGGAAGAAAAAAGUUUAAACCCUUACCCUUUUCUUUUUUAAAUUAACUUCUCUCUCGCAGGUUUUUUAGUAGUUACUUCUUGACCCAAUGCAUGUAUUAUAGUAGCAGUUGUCUUUGUGCAUUCUGAUCAUAGUAAUGUACCACUUGUAAAUACAUUUUUCUAUUUUUUUUGUAUUUUUUGCAUUUUGUUUCAUUAGUGUGCUGUUUUAUCCAGACCCCUGCCCCUUAAAAAUGA